AUGGCAAGUGUAGAAUUGGAACAACAAGUUGAUGACUUAACAGUUUCAAAAGUUACACCAUUUGUUGAGAAAAAUAUAGAUGAAUUAAAUUCAUUGGUCCAAUUAAUGUUCACACCAUCAGCACCCGAUAUUCAUUGCACUCAAAAAUUAUCAAAAUCUCAAAAUACCAAGUAG